UUUUUAUUUUCCACGCCUCUGGCCAAUAUAACCGGAGGUUGGGGUAGGUGUGAUGUAGACGUUUGCAUACAGCUGUAUAAUGUGUAAAAGUAUUUGUAAACCCAAUAAAAAAAUAUACUUAAACUACUGUACACAAGAAUACACGAAGAGCAUGUUUAAAUGCAUCACUAAUCAGCUUGAAUUAGAUUAAAUCAAAAUACUAUAACCCGUUCCUGCAGCUGAAACAAAGAGAUGUUUUUGUGUCCACCGUUUAAACCACACAGCGACUGUGCACGUGUAUCUUCUUUGUCUCAAGUGUGACGGAUGUGGCGAGGUGUUGAAAGAGGAAGCACAGCUUGUUUGACUGCUUCUGAUUGAAGAAUGAAGACAACCUGAAGGUAUGAUAGGAAACUCCAGUGUGCUGGCUGCAGUCCUGACUGUUGUGUCAGUGGUGUCGCUGAGUCUGCUGUCUGUUCUCUGCCUGCGAUGCAAAAAGAAAAACAAGAUCAUUCACGAGGAGCAUCAAAUAUACGACCCGCAGAUAUUCCAACGUGGGGGGAGUGUGUUUGCUGUGACACAAUCAAAAACAGUCACCAGAGCCAAUCAGAUCACUUUGUCCACGUACGUAAACGCAGACACACAGAGGCCGGUCUCAUUUAUUGAGCUGCUGAUUCUGUAUGUGGUGAGAUUGAAAAUAUAUGAAACAUAUUUACACAAAAAGAAAGCACUCAUUUAUUUGUUUUGCAGUGAAACUACUCUGGACCUUUCAACAGAUGCAAUCGAGUCAGACUAUCAGAAUGUUGACAGUGAACAUGGAGAUUGUCAGGAGACUGUUAGAGCUGAUCAGCACAGAGCUUCCAACCAGCAGCCAUUUUGUGAUGGAAACAGAGAGAGAGGAUAUGAUGAACACACAUAUGUAGAUCCGAUCGCCAUUUCAGUGUAUGAAAAUGACAAACAAACUACAAGAGGAUUGAGUGGCGCUGAUGAGACUCCAGCGGUCUAUGGUAACAUCAUCACUUCCCUGUCGAUUAAAGAGGAUGACGAUGACUACGAGAACUCUGACUUUCUGGAACAAAUUGCGCAGGAGCAAGAAGACGAUGAGCCGGAUUAUGUGAAUGAAAACGGCUGACUGCAACACAACAAAACACCAGCUGCAUCCUGACCUGUCUGUUGUUUGUGCUGUGAAUAAAAUGUGGUGUGAAAACUGAUGCUGCCAUCUAGUGCUCAAUAAAAUAUACACACAACACAGUUAAUACAUAAAAGAAGAGAGUUUUUCUGGUUAUUCUUGAAUGUUUUGGCUGCCUCGAAGGUAAAAAUGUUGAAUUACAUUUGAAUUUUUGAGAAUCAAAGCAGCUACAAGGAGUUUUUAAAUUGAUUAUGAAAUAGUCUCAAUUUAUGACUGAUGAUUCUCUGAGAUCCAUCAUAAGAAAAUAAGACAUGAUUUUACAUCAACAUGACUUUUCUUAGUGGCUAAAACAAAAUUGACUUUGUGUCACCAUCGUUAUUUUACAGUUAUUAACCUCACAUAGCCAGAAAUAGAUACAUUAGAUCUUUGAUUAUGCAUUUUUCAAACAGCUGUGUUUAACAAUUGGGCUUUAAUUCAAAAUGUUUCAUUGGGUCAACUCAACUUUUUACUUAUUUCAGAAAUAAAUAGGGAUAAAAACAAAGUAACAGAACAACGAAUAAACAAUUGAUAAAUACAAUUAAAAAUGUAAUACAUAUAUAAAUCAAAUGUAUAUCAAGGUGAAUAAUUGAUAUCAUAUUUUAACAUUUAAUUAUUACUUUCACUACUAUCUAGUACAUUUCGUGGCAUAUAAAUGUAUUUAUUGAGUCAAAUUAAGUUCAUUUAUUUAUUUUGGCAGCUAUUAAUCUGCAAG